AUGACGGAUAUGCAGGGGCAGGGGAACCUCCGAGGACCGCGGCGCGCCGCUCUCCGCCGCUAUAUGAGGCAGCGCUCGGGCUCCACGCGGAACCCGCGGCUCCCGGCCGUACCCAGCGCGCUCCGACCCACGCUGACUGGAGGCCAGACCGGCCGCUGCGCAGCCGAGCCAGCCCGGGGCCUGCGAGGGGCGCGCGCCCAGAGCGCCGCCGCGGGCACCAUGGGGGCUGCCCACUCCGCGUCCGCGGAGGUGCGGGAGCUCGUGGGCAAGACCGGCUUCUCUUCGGACCAGAUUGAGCAGCUCCAUCGGCGGUUUAAGCAGCUGAGUGGAGACCAGCCCACCAUUCGCAAGGAGAACUUCAACAACGUCCCUGACCUGGAGCUCAAUCCGAUCCGAUCCAAAAUCAUCCGUGCCUUCUUUGACAACAGGAACCUGCGCAAGGGGCCCAGCGGCCUGGCUGACGAGAUCAACUUCGAGGACUUCCUGACCAUCAUGUCCUACUUCCGGCCCAUUGACAUCUCCAUGGAUGAGGAACAGGUGCAGCUGUGCAGGAAGGAGAAGCUGAGAUUUCUGUUCCACAUGUACGACUCAGACAGCGACGGCCGGAUCACCUUGGAAGAGUACCGAAAUGUGGUCGAGGAGCUGCUCUCAGGAAACCCCCACAUCGAGAAGGAGUCGGCACGCUCCAUUGCGGACGGAGCCAUGAUGGAGGCGGCCAGCGUCUGUGUGGGCCAGAUGGAGCCUGACCAGGUGUACGAGGGGAUCACCUUUGAGGACUUCCUGAAGAUCUGGCAGGGGAUCGACAUAGAGACCAAGAUGCACGUCCGCUUCCUCAAUAUGGAGACCAUCGCCCUUUGCCACUGA